ACUUCUUCAAACAUCCUGAGGUUCAUGGAACAAAAAAGUCAAGUGGUAGACCCCAAAAAUAUCAGCAGCCCUGAGCGGAAGGAUCUCAUUGGCUGUAAAUCAAGACACGGGACCAGCCUCGGCCCAAAUGAAGGUUGUCACUGGUUCCGAGUGCAGUCCAAUAACCAUCAGACGCCAUGUGCCAGAGAAUCUUUUUAUGAAGAAAAAAAACAUCUUCAAAGGCCUCGUCUUUUUCACGGCUAAAAAAUUUCCAUUAGAGCACCAAAUAUGGGACAUUGAAAGGUUGAAGAAAGCUUUAUUCUCUAAUGAGGAAAAAAUGUAACCUUGACCGUCCUGAUGGCUUCCAACGCUCUUGGCAUAACAAGGAGAUCCCACCUCAGAUGUUUUCCUAUUAUGAUCUGGGCUGCUUUACCCUUCAAUGGAACAAUAGAGUUUCAGGUUGUGCAUGGGCGUCAAACGGCAUCUGGCUAUGUGGAGAUGUUGCAGGGGGGCAUCCCUCUGUGUGGUAAUGACUGGCUUGUUCAACAGGACAACGCUGCACUUCACAAAGGACUUCUUCCAGAGGAAUAAGCUCACUCUUUUGGACCAUCCUGUGGGUUCUACUGAUCUAAAUCCAAUUGAGAGCAAAAGUCAACAAAAUGGACAUCAGUUGCAGACAGUGGAUGCCCUCUGUGAAGCCAUCUUCACCACCUGGAGCAACUUUCCCACUAGCCUCCUGGAAACACUGGCAUCAAACCCAUUUUUCACCUCAUUAACAAGAAUGGUGCAGCUACUCAUUACUCACUCCUUUUUGUUAUUUCUAUUUUAGGGAGGUUGUUUUUUUUUAGCUAUGGUCUUAAACUUUUGAUGAACAGCCUAUUUCACUUUAAUGCUCGUUUGCAAUAAAUUGCUGAAUCCAUUUCUUUUGACUCUCCCUCAUUUCUUCCUUUUGCAUUUUGAAGAUCUGCUUAGAAACUCUUUAAGAUCCAACAGUGCAAAAUGUAAAUGCCAUUUAUCAGCUGCUUUUACAUUUUGGAUCAGGAGUGUAUAGCAGCUAAAUGUUGUGAUGUAAAUUUGACAUUUUAACUCAUGAAAAUCGGGAAAACAAAGAAAAAAACCGCUCUGGCGUUUAAAACGUUAAUAUUUCAUUGUCUAGAGUGAGCGUGUCCCCGAAAUGAGGCUGUGUAUUGACGGAAAUGGGUGAUUUAUUUUAGCAAGGCUUCUUUCUGUCUUUUGCAUCAAGUGUAUAUGUAAAUUUCCUUCUCCUGGCAAGGAGUUUGAAACCCACCUGUCAAGGCAGCAUGCACGUGAACUCCAACAUUCACCAUAAAUGCUCUCAGUUUGAUUGUUUUUUAGCAAUUUUAAGCCUUUCUUCUGCAAGGCAGCGUGGUGUUGGGUUUUCCGCUUUAAAAACCGUGGUUUUGAUUUAUUUUAAGACAAUGCAUUCGUCAGUCAGAGCAAGAAUAGUCGAGGUCAGUGACCACUGCUGGAAACUCCUGGAAACCUAUGGUAAUACAUUUGGCAGUCUUUUGUUAAUGCAGCUGAUCCUCACGGAUGAGCGAUCUCGCUCAUUGUAGAGCAGAACCCCGUGCAGUUACUGUCAGUUUAACCCGGGAAUAUAGCAUCAAUCUUCAUGCAGAAGGUGGUGGUCUUUUAGGCAGUCUUUUCCAGUCUAAAAUAGUGUUUAUGUGUGCAUGCGGGUUAGGAAUGCAAUUACUCACUGAAAAGAUCAUGUUUUCGGAAGCUGCGGGUGUCGGUUAUGUGGUGCAGAUUGCUUUUUUUCUACCAAUGUGUGGAGUAUAUUUGCAUAUUUAUUGAAAAUUCCAGUAAAAGGUAGCAGGCCAGCUUCUGUGGGAUUUGAUGUCGCCUUUAGAUCGGUUCAACUGAAGAUGGAAACACUGGAGUCUGAGCUGACCUGUCCAAUCUGCCUGGAGUUAUUUGAAGAUCCUCUGCUCUUGCCGUGCGCCCACAGCCUGUGCUUCAACUGCGCCCACCGCAUCCUGGUGUCCCACUGCUCAUCCAGCAAGCCGCUCGAGUCCGUUUCGGCCUUUCAGUGCCCCACCUGUCGUUACGUCAUCACGCUGAAUCACCGCGGGCUGGAGGGCCUAAAGCGCAAUGUGACGCUGCAGAACAUUAUUGACCGCUUUCAAAAGGCCUCCCUUAGCGGUCCCAAUUCGCCCACCGAGAGCCGGCGCCUGCAGCGGCCCUACACCGCCACCAUUAGUGGCACAAUAGCCGGAACGAUUGGCGGCGGCGGUGGCGGCGGUGGCACGAGUGGAGGCAGCGCCCGGAGCAGCCCGGCCACUUCCAGCCACCCCCACCCGCACGCCAAUCACACCAACCACGUCAACCACACCAACGCCAACCACAGCCCGGCUUUUGUGGCGAAAAUGGAUCCGCGCAUCAGCUGCCAGUUCUGCGAGCAGGACCCGCCUCGCGAGGCCAUCAAGACGUGCGUCACGUGCGAGGUGUCGUAUUGCGACCGCUGCCUGCGAGCCACACACCCCAACAAGAAGCCCUUCACCAGUCACCGCCUGGUGGAACCCGUGCCUGACACGCACCUCCGCGGCCUGACCUGCCUGGAGCACGAGAACGAGAAGGUCAACAUGUACUGCUUGGUGGACGACCAGCUCAUAUGUGCCCUCUGCAAGCUGGUCGGGCGGCACCGGGAGCACCAGGUGUCCUCGCUCACCGAACGCUUCGACAAGCUCAAAGCUUAUCAGGUGAGCCCGGGCAGAGUGUCAGAUGCAGUAAUGGAGGCUUCAAAGACAAGCGCUGCGCAAACCUUGGAGAACAACUUGACCAACUUGGUGAAGAGGAACAGUGAACUGGAGAACCAGAUGGCCAAACUCAUCCAGAUCUGUCAACAGGUGGAGGUGAACACCGCCAUGCACGAAGCCAAACUGGUGGAGGAGUGUGAUGAGCUGGUGGAGAUCAUCCGCCAGAGGAAGCAGGUCAUCGCUGUGAAAAUCAAGGAGUCCAAGGUCAUGAAGCUGCGUAAGCUGGCCCAGCAGAUCGCAAACUGUCGCCAGUGUCUGGAGCGCUCCAGUGCCCUCAUCACGCAGGCCGAGCAGAGCCUGAAGGAGAAUGACCACGCCCGCUUCCUUCAGACCGCCCGAAACGUAGCCGAGAGGGUUGCCAUGGCAACGGCCUCCUCCCAGGUACUCAUCCCUGACGUCAACCUGAAUGAAGCUUUUGACAACUUUGCCCUGGACUUCUCCAGAGAGAAGAAGAUUCUGGAAGGCCUCGAUUACCUGACGGCACCCAGCCCUCCAGCCAUCAGAGACGAGCUGUGCACGGCCUCACACGACACCAUCACCGUUCACUGGACGUCAGAGGACGAGUUCAGCGUCACCUCUUAUGAGCUGCAGUACACUAUCUACACCGGCCAGACUAAUUUCAUCAGCUUGUACAACUCGGCCGACAGCUGGAUGAUUGUGCCCAACAUCAAGCAGAACCACUACACGGUGCACGGCCUGCAGAGCGGCACGCGCUACGUCUUCUUUGUCAAGGCUAUCAAUCAGGCGGGAAGCCGCAACAGCGAACCAGCACGACUCAAAACCAACAGUCAGCCCUUCAAGUUGGAUCCCAAAACGGCGCACAAGAAGCUGCGCCUGUCCAACGACUGCCUGACCAUGGAGAAGGACGAGAGCUCUCUGAAGAAGAGUCACACUCCGGAGCGCUUUGGCGGAACGGGCUCGUACGGGGCGGCCGGGAAUGUGUUCAUUGACAGCGGGUGUCACUACUGGGAGGUGCUGCUGGGAGCUUCCACGUGGUAUGCCAUCGGCGUGGCUUACAAAUCCGCCCCCAAAAACGAAUGGAGCGGCAAGAACUCGUCGUCGUGGGUGUUCUCCCGCUGCAACAACAACUUCAUGGUGCGCCAUGACGGCAAGGAGAUGCUGGUGGAGGCCAGCCUGCAGCUGAGGCGCCUGGGCGUCCUGCUGGACUACGACAACAAUUCCCUGUCCUUCUACGACGCCAUGAACUCCCACCACAUUCACACUUUCGACAUCUCCUUCCUCCUGCCCGUCGUACCCACCUUCAUGAUCUGGAACAAGUCGGUGAUGAUCCUCUCAGGGCUUCCCGUGCCGGAUUUUGUGGAGGGCAUGUCUCUGGAUCACCAAGACCAGCAACAUCAUCAACAGCAGCAGCAGCAGCAGAUGGGUCUGUGCAGACAGGAGUCCCCUUACUUGACCGGCAUGAAGACCUGCCACUGAGGGAGCCAUCCACAGAGCGGAGAGUCCCGCUAUGACCAGCGAUGGAUCCAUGCUGUCAGUGGGAUUGAGUGCUGAAUGGACGGGUGUUAAAAAUAUACGCAUCAGUCCUCAUCCUUGGAUGAUCCAUCAGAGGUUGGAAAUGUGCAAGCAUCAGCAGAUCAUACCCCAAAGUCACUUUGACUUUCGGACACGAAGAAUUUUGAUUUUCGUACCCAGCUUUGAGUGAGCUGGUGUUAGCAUACUGACUGAAGAAGGGGGUUCGGUCUUAUUGGGCUUGGUGGUCGUUUUCUUUGAAGGUCUUCCUACUUGAUCCGUUUCUUCCAGAGUCUCGGCAGACGUCCGUAGAACCAUUUAGAGUUUCCACAAACCACUGAGCAGUGCAAUUGGUGAAAAGAUCUUUGAUGUGACAGGUGUCAAACUCAGGGUCCGGGGGCCAUAUCUGGCCCGCCACAUCAUUUUAUGUGGCCCGCCAAUAAUAAAUCACUUCAUCUUUCUUGCUAAAUGUGUUUGUUUUCAAAUUGAAUGGAAUUUUGACUCGGGUCUUCUAAACCAGGGGUGUCCAAAUUGCGGUACGGGGGCUAUUUGUUGCACGCGGCACAUUGUACAAAUAUAAAUUUCACGAGAAAACUUUAAAACAGCAAAAAUGGGAAAAUCAAGAACAAAGGCAAAUACUGAGAGAAAAAAAGUCAUAUUGUAACGGGAAAAGAAGUCGCAAUUUUACGAGAAUAAACAUCUAAUAUGAUGAGGAAAAAUAGUCAUUUUAGUAGCAUAGAGUUGAAUAUAUGAAAGAAUUUAACAUGUAUUUUUUUUAAGUUGUAUUAUUAUGAAAACACUGAAGUUGCCAUCUUUGGAAAAGUAGGUUGAGGAAAAGUUGUAAUAUUAUCAAGUUAAAUAAAGUCAAAAUAUUAUGGGAAGAAAGUCAUAAUAUUAAGAAGAAAAGAAGAAAUUGCAUAAGAAGAAAAUUUGGAAAAUGUAAAAAAAAAAAAUGCAAAAAUGGGGAAAAAGACCAUUGAUACUAAUAAUGGGCUUUUUCACCCGAUCACAAGGCUGGGGUGUUUUUUCCUGAAAUAUAUCAUUUCUAAGCUCGGGGUGCCCCGAGGUCUCCUGAGAUGAAAACAUGACAAGAUUUCUUGUUCAGAAAAAAAAACAGUCUCAUGGGCACUAGGCCCGUGACGAUCCAAACAGGCGGGAAGAGAGUUCACUCUGUGCAUUGCUUUCAUAGAACAACGGCAUGAACGGAAUGACAGUCAUACAGUCUGGGUGGGUGGGGCCACUAGCAUACACACAGAGUGCAGAAGAGUGUAACAUAGUAGAAAUGCCAUGUAUUGUCAUAUAUUUUUCCAUAGCGUCUCGUGACGCGCCUGUUCUUAGCGUAUCGCUUUACAAAAUAUCAAAGUGGCAAAGUCGCAUCCUUUCAUGUUUCACUCGCUGGCCCAUGCUGCAAAAAGAUUGGACACCCCCGUUCUAAAUUUAUCUGAUCAUGCAACAAGAUAUCCCAAACAUUUCACAUCAAAAAUAAUACUGGAAUAUCUGCUUCGCACCUUGACUUGUGAUUUCAAGUUAUCCAUAAUUUUCUUCGUAAGAAAUAUAUAACGGUCAAAUGCACGGGCAACUGUGUAAUAAUAAUAAUAUUAAUAAUGAGGCGGUUCUACAUUUACAUUGCUGUACAGUAUCGACAUGGCCCUCGGUGAAAAUGAGUUUGACACCCGUUUGAUGUUCUAACCAAGAAAUCCUGAUCUACUAUCACUGAUCAGGUGUUGCACCUUCAGUAUCCACUGUAAAGGACUUCUCCUGGACCUGACCCCCUCGUCUUAUUUGCAUUAGUGGGUCAACACAGCCAAAUUGACAUUGUGUGACUACUUAACUUGUAUCAUAAGAGUUUUAUGGAAUGAGACAGAAGUGUUAUUUAUGACAGAGGUUUACUUUUAUUUUGAACCCUAACAUAUCCAUGAUGCACUAUUUAAGUAAGUCAAAUUCCCCCUCUGUGGGUUUUUUAAAGCAGGUGCACUUGAAUAAGGAAGUGACAACUCCUGCUUCCCAUUGUAAAUUCAUCUUAUCUAGCAAAGGGAUUUUGAUGUUUUUGUGUUUUUUUUAUCACGAGUAAAAUAUUAAGUAUUGGUUUUUUUUCUUUAAAAAAAGAGAAGGAACACUUUAUUACUGGUUAUUCAGGAAAGGGGAUGGAUUUUCCACUUGAACUGUUGCGACGUCAUGGCAUGGUGGUGUUUUUUGUUAGGUGUCCACACACACGCACGCACUCACGCACGCACGUGUCAUGUUUCCUUUGGCUUGGCCUCAUCGUGAUAAAUGCAUGAGAACACUGUAGGAUCAAUGGGUAGCUGUCCAGUACUACACAUCCAUCACGUGCACUCAUAUGCACAUUUGCUUAAGCUCAUCUUUUGCCACCCAUUCAGAUGCCAAAUGACUGUAAAUGGAUACUUUGCAGAGGGUGACAGGCUGGCUUGAUGUCACGUAGCAGGUAUGAAUCCUAUACGUAGCGGACAGAAGGUUGCACAAAAUAAAUUAGUGUUUAAAAGGUUUGAAAUUGACAAAGUUACUUGUUGUACAAAAAUCUUCUACAUCCUUGUUUAAAAGGUCUGGUUAUUGACAAUUCAGAGUUAUUUUUCAGACAAAAUCCUACUAAAUUCCUGUGUAAAAAGGCUUGCCAAUGACAAGUUACUUGUACAAAACCCUGCUAGAUUUUUGUAUAAAAGGCCUGCAAAUGACAAUACAGAGUUUUUCAGACAAAAUCCCACUAAAUUCCUGUGUAAAAGGCUUGCAAUUGAUGACGUUACUUGUCCUACAAAAUCCUUCUAAAUUCUUGUUUAAAAGGCUUGAUAUUGACAAUAGAAUAUUAUUUUUCUUAGAAAAUCCUGGUAAAUCCCUGUGUGAAACGAUAGCAAUUGACAAAGUUACUUUCCAUACAAAAUCCUACAAAAUUCCUGUGUAAAAGGCUUGCAAUUAACAAAGUCACGUGUCAUACAAAGUCCUUUGAAAUUCUUGUUUGAAAUGCUUGAUGUUGACAAUACAAAGUUAUUUUUCAUACAAAAUUCUACUAAAUUCCUGUGAAAAAGGCUUGCAAUUGACACAGUUCCUUGUACUAAAUCCUACUAAAUUGUUGCGUAAAAGGAUUGCAAUUGAUAGUGAUUUUUUUUUACAAAUCUCAUGAAAAAUCCUGCUAAAUUCCACGCAAAAUUCUUGUUUAAAAGGAUUGCAAUUGGUGAAGCAACUUGGACAAAAUUCUGCUAGAUUUUUGCAUGAAAGCCAAGCAAAUGGAAAUACAUUCCUUUGCAAAAUCUUACUAAAUUCUUGUUUCAAAGGCUUGCAAUUGACAAAUUUACAUGUCAUACAAAAUCCUUUGAAAUGCUUGAUAUUGUCAAUCCAGAGUUAUUUUUCUUACAAAAUCCUACUAAAUUCCAGUGUAAAAGGCUUGCAAUUGACAAAGCUACUUGUACUAAAUCUUACUAAACUUUUGUGUAAAAGGCUCGCCAUUGACAAAUUACUUGGGCAAAAUCCUACAAAAAAUCCUACUAAAAUCCAGCUAAAUUCCACACAAAAUUCUUGUUUAAAAGUAUUGCAAUUGGCAAAGUUACCUGUACAAAAUCCUACUAAAUUCUUUGCCAUUGACAAAUUACUUGGGCAAAAUCCUGCUAGAUUUUUGGAUAAAAGGUUUGCAAAAUCCUACUAAAUUCCUGUGUUGACAUGACAAAGUUACUGUUAGUACAAAUUUGAGUAAAUUAUUGUGUUAAAGUCCUGCCGUUGACAAUGCAGUGCGCAAAUCGGUGACAACGCUACGUGUUCUUUCAGGCAUAUUGGUUCAUGUCACCUGACAUAUGAGAUACUACUAACUACUACUACUACUAACUACUACUACUACUACUACUACUAACACAUACAUAUGACUGUCCAGGCAGGCUCCAAUCAGCCACGUGUCGAUUUGUGAUACGAAGUGAAAAUCUGGUGGGGUCACUGCAUGAAUUUGUGAGCUUGCCGCUGGUUCACAGCUUCUUACCGUUCACAUGAGGGUCUCCAUUCAGGUGCUGAGUCCUUUCUUUUGUUGCUGGAACACUUGGCACAAAACGCCCAUCGCCAUUCAUAGCGGAGUUUGCUGUGCUAUUUCUUUCUUUGUGUCACAAGUCAAUACAGGAAAUAUAUCCAGUGAAUGAUUUUCAGUAGUUACCAACCCUUGCAGUGCAGUGUAAAACCCUAGAGACAAUGCAAUAGAUUCUACUACUUUUUGCUUUUGUGUAACUUGGGAAGUACUUUUUUUUUUUUUUUUACAACUCAGAAGAAGCACUCGCCUCCUCUCCUGUUGGUAUUUCCAUGAACAGCACAAAAAGAGCAGUGUUGCAUUUGUGGAAUUACAUUUUUAGCCAGAGAGGAGCAUAAAGUCAUCAGUGGAUGGGGAUUAUAUAUUAUAUACAAUUGUAUAUUAUAUAAAAUAUAUACAAACCAAUGUUAUUUAUGUGAAUUUACGUCCAAUUAAAAGUCAGAUCCCAAAAAG